AUGGAUCUACUAAUGAUUGCUAUUAAAGUUGAUAGGCUAGAUGGUAGUGGAAAACUUGUACUUGAUGGCGAUGAACAGUUACAAGAAAUGUUUUCUUUGUAUAGAAAUUGUAAGGAGAUUCCUGUAUUUGUGAAUGUUGAAGUUGGGUCUCAGGUGAGACUCCCACCUCCUCCAGAUGUAGGAAUAGGUGAAGAGCCUAAUGUUGAAAAUGAUGACAGGGAUGCAAAUAGACAUGAAUUUGAUUAUGUAAAUGAGGAUGAACAUAUAGGUGGCAGUGGUGAAAAUGAUGACAGUGAUGAAAAAAGGCAUGAAGUUGAUGAAGUGAAUGAUGAUAGUGUUAAUGGUUUCAGUUCUGAGGAUGAUGACUAGAUAGUUGAUGGUGAUGAUGCCCCAAUGUUAGUUAUGAGUACAAUGAUGAUACCAUCAACACACAAUUAGAUAAAAACAGUGAUGAUGGAUUUUUAGAUUAUCAAUCAGGGGAUGAAGGAUUGUUAGUAGUAUAGAUUCUGAGGAACUUGAGGUUGAAGUGGAUAAAACACAGAGAAGGGGUAGGAAAAGAAAGUGCAAUGUCAG